GGAACGGACGCGCAUUCACCACCGUCAAAAGCAGAUUCAUCUGCGGAAGGAACCUCACAGGGCAAAGGUAAGACAUUAAGGGACUCCAAGAAAAAGCCUGAGGAGAACAAAGAGAAAUGCAGUGAGGAUGAGACUGACCAUGACAAGGUUUUUGAUUGUCUUCAGAAGCAGGAGGACCUUGCAAACGCAGGGACAGGAGUGAACCAACCGGACGGCUCCGAAAAAUACGACGGAAAGGCCAGAAACCAAACGUCGAAUGAGAAUGAUGGGCAGCGUCAGCGGCAGAGCGACAGCGAUGGGUCGGCCGCGGGAUGUGAAGCAACAACAGUGGAUUCAACAACAGACGCCACUCAACCUGACAAGUCUAAUCAGGCCGGGUAUAAUCCUAAGGAUGUGAAUCCUGUGGCAAGUACUAAUGAGGAUGAAGCGAAAGAAAAACCAAAUCAGGAGAAUGAACAGAAGGAAGGAGCAAAGGCUGCGGACACUGCGGGCAAGGAUGUUUCCUCCGUGAAGCAACCCAACACCGAAAAGAGUAGCCCUUGCUCAGGUAUAUCGGACGAUGAAUAUGAUACAGGAAGAUGCGGUUUCACCUUAUUUGACAAAAGCAGUCCCCAAUGCCCUAAUGGGCCGGAUUCCACCUCGCCUGGUAACUCUGCGGGUGGUGUUGGCUCCACGCAGAUCCAGAAUCCUGGUUCUUCGGGACCAGGUUCCACGGCAGUAUCGGGUGAUGGAAGCAGUCACACAGGAACACGUGGAGGACAGCAAGGUGACUCGGCCUCCAGUUCAUCCAACUUUGGACUACCUAAUUUUGACUUAGCUAACAUGAUUCCCAAGGGACCCAAUGUUCCUGGGGGUGGAUUCGUACCCCUUAAGCGGGAACAUGUCACACUGAAUGAAGACAAUGAAAAAUUAAUGAAACAAGGACCUCCGAGUCAUGGCGGUCCUGAUGGACCCGACCUAACCGCCGACGUCCUUACCGCCACUACUCCCGUACUCUUCUUCCUGUCCGCCGUCACCGUCGCCCUACUGGGUUAUUCCCUUUGGAAGCAUUUUGCCUACGUCGCCAAACGACGACGCACGUUUCGCACCGUUCGUGACGUGCCGUCACCGCCACUCGACGAAGAAAUUCUAGAGCAUCUACAACGCGGCGAACUAACGCCACGCGAUUACGGGUACACCCUGGUUAGGGAUACGCAACCUGCGUCAACAUCCGGUAGAGGCCGCUCACCACGCGUGCAUAAGCGCACGCUUAUCGAGCUACAUCUAGAAGUGCUACACGAACGUGAAGCGGCAUCUUGGGAAAACGUCAAAGACGACUAUUUGCAGAUUGUCGUGCAGCAGUUUGCGCAGGAUUUGAUGCGGUGCGGCCAGGGCUAUAGUAGUUCCACGGUGUGUGCUGCGCACCUCGAUUCACCAAACGACGAUGCGACAACGCAGUGUCCACCCACCAAUUCCGACGGACCGGACGCAUGCCCAUUGCAUGACCCCGAUGCAUGGAGUUGUAUGGACAGCAUACAGUUCGCAACGGACCCUUCUGCAUCUAACGAAGAGGACCGAUGGCAUUGUAUGGAGACCAUACAAUUAGACGAUGAACAACAUGGCUAUUCCGACCACGGUGACGCGACGUCGUACUGCGCCCAAUGGAUUCCCUGGAUUGAACAACACAAACAUAUUCUGCGGGACUGCACGACGCAGCCGUGGUUUCUGCAAUUGAAAUCGGAAUGGAAACAAUACCUGCGCGAGCACAUGGCGGCAAACGCCGACCACGGGCACACUGCAUUAGGUGAGCGUCGCAAUAUCCCAUCCACGGCAAGGAAGAAAAGGCGGUUGUGGAAAGAAUGGGUAGCGCAACAACAUCGGCAAAUGUGUAUGUAUAACGCGCAGGAGUGGUGCCAACAUUUGUUGAAUAGUGUAGAGCAGGCGGCAGUAUCGCACAACGGCCAAGCACCUCGAGUUGACGCAGCCUUAGCAGUGGACAAAGUAAUGGGCACAGCAGAUGUUCUAAGAGUGCGAGAUGUACCGCGGUCACAACCACUGCAUCGGCAACCUUACAUGAAAAAACGGGCAACCGCUCAAACAUGGAUACUGAUCCUGGCAUUAGUCAUAGAACAGUGCGAGGUCGAAUGUCGUUUGCAGGAGAGGGAGUAUUAUGUGGAUGAUCUAUUGGAGCAACUGUGA